AUGAGGCUAGUCAAUGCAAGAACCAAACAAGUCUCACAGCCAUUUUGCAGCGACAUCCCACCGUACGCUAUAUUAUCUCACACGUGGAGAUCUGAAGAGAUCUCUUUCCAGGACAUGCGAAAUCUUGAGCAGAACCCAGACCAACAUUCUUCUCGGCUCUUUUCCCAGGAAGGUUUCAAGAAGAUCGAGGGCUGCUGCGAGCGGGCUCUACGAGACGACCUGGGUUGGAUAUGGAUUGACUCCUGCUGUAUCGACAAAAAUAGCAGCAGCGAGCUGUCGGAGGCUAUUAAUUCGAUGUUCAAGUGGUAUCGAGACGCGAAGACGUGUUACGCCUAUUUAUCCGAUGUCGGUGACGGCGAAAAUCCAAGGAAUGACGGUUCCACCUUCCGUCAUAGUCGAUGGUUUACGCGAGGCUGGACCUUGCAAGAGUUGCUUGUGCCGCCUAAGCUCAUAUUCUUCAGUAAGACAUGGGCGCCCAUAGGGGAGCGGAAAAUGCUGUCGGACGUCAUCCAGGACAUCACUAGUAUCUCACAAGAAUUCCAGUCUCCAGGCUCUAUAUUCGAAGUAAGUAUUGCUCAGCGGAUGUCUUGGGCAGCUAGAAGGUCCACCACUAGGGAAGAAGACAUCGCGUACUGUCUACUUGGUCUAUUUGACGUCAACAUGCCUCUUCUCUACGGCGAAGGGAGGAAAGCGUUCCGAAGACUACAAGAGGAAAUCAUCAAGCAGUCCAAUGACGAGUCCAUCUUCGCUUGGGGUCUUUAUCAAAUUGAUGAGUCCAACUCGGACGCCGCACAUACUGGAGCUCUUGCGUUAUCACCCUCUGACUUUCUUGGAUGUGGAGACAUCGUUAAGUGCAAGGCAUGGAAACCACGACAUACAGUAAGCUUCGAACUGACCAAAAAGGGACUUCGUAUGGAGAUACCACUCGCCUAUCAGCAACUUCCCCCUGGAGAAUCAAAUAUUGCCGACCAGGAACAGAUUGUGGGUCUCCUUAACUGUCGCCGACGUGAUGAUCUCUCCAAUGUGAUCGCUAUUCCUUUUGGACGUCCUUACAACGGUGAUUCGCAGAAAUACUUCAUUCGAGAUGGAGACCUCAAUCUGAUUAACAGACAUCGAGAUCUACCAGCCAGAUUCUUCACCGACAGACUCUUUGGAGCCGCCAUGUUUCAUACCAUUUACGUCAGAGUAGCCAGUGGCCUGGUGAACGGAGAUCGUCGUAAGCAGCAUCUGUCGACCUGUGAUGGAAUAUUGUGCUUGUGGGCAAUGAUUGAGAUGCCCCCAGAUAUCACCUAUCAGAUUUUACACGCCGGUGGCUCUUGGGACGUCCAAUGCCAGGGUAAAGACAUUAUGAUACACAUGCAAGAGCAAAAUGAAGAAAAUUGCCUCGGCGCAGCCAACUCUAUAUAUAUCCAUUGCCGUUACAAAGACUCAAGAACUCAUUUCUCGGGACAUGAUUUUAUGGUCAAAGCGGAGCUUUCAAUGAGGUCCAAUUUGUUCUCGAAUCUCAUCAAGUCGCUGGAUGAGCUCUGGUCCGGAACGAGCCGGAUUCGGAAACCAAAGGUUCAGUGUCAAGUGACAAGCGUCCCUUGGAAUUCAGAUCCCUGUCCGUCAGAUAUCGAACGCCUUCAUCAUCUUCCAUGGGCACAGAAGGCUACUUUAGCCGAACAAAUGGUUGCUGUUAAGGUUACGAAAAGGAGGGUAAUGGGCUUGGAAAUGCACGUUGCAGCAUUCAGAUUUGGCCACGAAGCUUCCGCCUCAGAAAGACUCAAAAUAUUAGGUCGCUCUGUCCGGAACAAGAUGAGCACAGUGCUGCAUCGAAUUAUUGUUCUCAUUCUGAUGAGAAGAGUUACAUUACCUCAAGGAGUGUUUCUUUCAGACAACGCAGUUAUACGGAUCGUGUCAUCGUUGAUCAUCACCGCGAUGUAUUUUGAUGAGUUUGCUUUUUUGACUUUUAACAAAAUGCAGGUUGCAAGAAUGGGUCUUUGGAUGAUGAGUGGCGCAAUUGUGCGCUUCAUAUUGGUAAUGGAAAGACGUCAACUCGUAUCUCCUUUUUUUUUGGAUGCUCCCCGACCUCAUUCAAUCAUGCUUACUACGGUCUAG